AGGGAUUUGGGGGACCAGUCUUGUCUCAGUGCCCCCGGUGGAGGCAUCGCUCCCCAGUGAAAUAUUGACUUCAAUCUAGAGAGGUAGGAAGACAACGGUCUCCAGCCCUCCUUAGCCGCCAAAGGAAACAUCGAUAAGCCCUGCCCCUACUUUGGGAGCUUCCACCGGGAGCUAGGAAAGGAAAGGAGUGGGAGAAAGACCAAGUUGUGUUCCACAGAAUGUGGUCGCGUGUCACCUAAUAGAACCUCCGCCUGGCGAGAGACCCGUCCUUGCUCGUGGAAAGCCGAACCCUCGACCCGGCAGGGGGUCAGAGGAGCUGAGAAGUGGAUGAUUCGUCGCUCUCCUCGUUUGGCCUGCCGGCGCGGGACACCCCGAUGACCCCGGCUGGAGCCGUCGCCGAGCCGAGGGGGAGCCGAGCAGAGCCGCAGGAGAUGGCGUCUCAGCCGCCGCCUCCACCGAAGCCUUGGGAGACUCGAAGGAUCCCGGGUGCCGGAACAGCACCGGGACCCGGCCCCUCCUUCCAAUCUGCUGAUUUGGGUCCUACUUUAUUGACAAGACCUGGGCAACCAACUCUUACAAGAGUACCCCCACCAAUUCUUCCAAGGCCAUCACAGCAGACAGGAAACAGCAAUCUGAACACAUUUAGACCUGCUUACACUUCAUUUUCUUCUGCUUAUGGAGCAUAUGGAAAUUCCUUUUAUGGAAGCUACAAUCCUUACAGCUAUGGAUAUGGUGGGUUAGGGUAUAACCGGUUCCGUAUGGAUGAUCUUCCUCCCAGCAGAUUUGUUCAGCAAGCUGAAGAAAGCAGCAGAGGUGCAUUUCAGUCCAUUGAAAGUAUCGUGCAUGCAUUUGCUUCCGUCAGUAUGAUGAUGGAUGCCACCUUUUCAGCUGUCUAUAACAGUUUUAGAGCCGUUUUGGAUGUAGCCAAUCAUUUUUCCCGAUUGAAAAUACAUUUCACAAAAGUGUUUUCAGCUUUUGCAUUAGUUAGGACUAUACGGUAUCUCUACAGACGGUUACAACAGAUGAUGGGUUUAAGAAGAAACUCUGAGAAUGAGGAUUUAUGGGCAGAAAGUGAAGGUACUGUGGCUUGCCUUGGCCCCGAAGACAGAGCAGCUAACUCAGCAAAAUCUUGGCCAAUAUUCUUGUUCUUUGCUGUUAUCCUUGGGGGUCCUUAUCUCAUCUGGAAACUGCUGUCUACCCACAGUGAGGAAGUAACAGCUACCACCAGUUGGGCGAGUGGUGAGGAUGACCAUGUUGUAGCUAGAGCAGAAUAUGAUUUUGCUGCUGUUUCUGAAGAAGAAAUUUCUUUCCGGGCUGGUGAUAUGCUAAACUUGGCACCCAAAGAACAACAGCCCAAAGUUCGUGGCUGGCUUCUUGCUAGCCUUGAUGGUCAAACAACAGGACUUGUGCCAGCUAAUUAUGUCAAAAUUCUUGGUAAAAGAAGAGGUAGGAAAACAGUGGAAUUGAAUAAGAUUACCGAGCAGCAACGUGCUUUUACCAACUCAGCCCUGAUUAAUGGAACCACUGCUGCUGACACACUGGAGGAGCAGGAAGCUGCCUUUGAAUCUGUUUUUGUUGAAAAUAAUAAGGUUCCAGUUACAUCUGAAUCCACUGGCAAAAGUGGAGAUAAACAAGAUCUUUGAUAUCCUUCAUGUUUACUUAAAAUUGAACUGUUUUCAAAAAUACAUUUUUGAUAUUUCUUUAAAAGAAAUAGCCUACAAUCUAAUGCAAAUGUUUGUUUUGGCUAUCGUAGUUGUUUUUGCUGCUAGAAAGUAUUUAAGUUGUACUUUAGUAAACUAGUUCAGAACAUGACCUAGUUGCAUUCUACAAGUUAUUGGAGUACGAGGUUUUCUUGGUCCUGGAUUAAGACUACCUGUUUCUCAUCAAAUGCCCUAUUGUUUAUUGAAGGAGUUACUUUGAUGGGGUACAGAAUGCAAUGUUUAUUGGACUGUAGAACUCUAAUUUUUUAAGACUUCUAAGCAGUUUGUCUGAGAAUCCUCAGAAAUUACGAGAUAAUAUGUAAAAAGGUGAGAACCAGGCAGAAAAAGAUUUGUUGCUGUUUUUUAAGGAACUUAACUACCAAAACUGGUUUAAGGGCAGGUAGCCAGAAAUGUGUACUUUAAAUAAGAACCUCUGGAUAAUAAGAAUAGGAUAAUAAUAAUAAUAUGACCAGUUCUGAAGGAUUUAUUUUUGAUUAUAUUUGUUCACCUUUUCAGAAUAAUUUCACAUAUAUCCUUUUUUAAUAUCUUGAAAAGUUCACUAGAAGCAUUGUGAAUAAAACUAUUUCCUAGAAUUAUUUAAAGACUAUAUACAGUACCAGAAUGUCUCCUAUGCUAGUUGUGACUUUUUUUUAAACUUCCAUUUCUUUGUGCUGCUAAUCCUACAUCUUUUGAGUUCUUAAAAAUACAGCCAAUGGGGCAGCUAGAUGGCACAGUAGAUAGAGCACUGGCCCUGGAGUCAGGAGGACCUGAGUUCAAAUGUGGCCUCAGACACUUAACACUUACUAGCUGUGUGACCCUGGGCAAGUCACUUAACCCCAAUUGCCUCACUAAAAAUUAAAAAAAAAAAAUACAGCCACUUAUCUGAAAAGAGAAUCAGAGUUCGGUAGAGGUAUUUCUCUCUUCCCUACCACCCAAAACAAAACAAAAGUCUGAACAUACAAGCUCUUUGAGGCUGAGUAAAAUACUUUACCCAUUUCUAGCUGUGGUGAUGUUUAACUUUUUCAUUAAAUCCCUAUUUAUAUCUUAGUAUAAUUACUUUUUAAAAUUUCAUAUGCAGAUAAUCCUGUAAAGAGAUAAAAAAAUGUUACAAGUUGUUUCUUUUAGAUUUAGGAUUUGCAGCUAGCAAAGCAAAGCAGAUUACAAAAUACUAUAUUGCCAUUCAGUUAAGUAACCUACUUGAUUUGAGUUCUUUGUUUAAAUAAUGAUUUCAAAUGCAACUAAAUUUCAGGGUGCUUAAAUAUCUUCUAGCAAAACCUGGAUAGUCUCAUAAACCAUGAUCAUAUAUGACUGUGAUUGCUAAAAAAUAUUUUUCUUGAACACUAAGCUCAAAAUAAUAAAGUUCUGUAAGAUGAUAUCUAAAACUGAAUAAUUGGAUAAAAUUAUGAAUUAAUAUGCUUUUACAUUUCUUCUCUUGAACUUUAUGUUCACUAAAUGAAUAAUUUUAGAACAGACUCUACAACAUGAGUAGCCUAAAUGAAAAGAAAUUUAUUGAAGGACAUCUUUGAAAUUUCUUUUAAAAAUAGACAUCAUUUAAAUAAGUACUCCUAUCUGAAGAGGAAAAUGGAACAUCUUAAAACUUUAAAAUGUAUGAGAAAGAUAAAAAGGUGUAGAGAAAACGAACUUCCUAAAUAUGUUACUUACAGAUUCAGCCAAGGUAUAGAAAUAAGUCUUUAAAUAUGAUUUAUCAUUACUGACUUUUUCCAAUUUUUGUGGUUCAUUGUUAGAUGUAAGUGCUGGGAUCCAAUUCAUGUAAAUUCUAAAUCUCAUACCCAAAUUCUUUCUAAUGCAGAUUAGUUAUUUAAUUUGAUAUUGGGACAGCCAAAUUGAAUAGGAGUACAAUGGAAGUAAAAAAGCCCUGAAACUUGGUGGUAGCCUCAUUAAAUUUGACGGAAGUGUUUAGUUCCUAGGCUAGGGAUUGUGGUUGCUAUGAAGAAUGGAGAAGGAAUAACAGAGCAGAAAGUGAUAAUAAAGUGGAUAAAUAUAACUUCAUCUUCCAUUAAGGUAGUUCUUAUGUCCUUGAUGUUUUUAGUAUGGUAGGUUGCUAUAUAAAUUAUCUGACUGGUGAGUGUUAUAUAUGUGUGGGAUUCCCUGUUUUACUGGAAAACCAGGAAGGGAAUUAAGAAUUUUGAAUAAGCAAAAAAAGUCUUUGAACUUUCUGUUAUCAUGACCGUUACAAUAUAAUUUUUUGGGUGGGGCUAAAUUUGUUCGCUGUUCAGGUCCCCAGUUUUUUGCUUUAUCACUUACUUAAUUAAGGAGUGGAUAUUUUAAAGAAACUAUUAACCAAAACAUUUUCGAGUUAAAUAAUAUGAACUUCACAUUAUCAAUAGCAGACAUUUAGUAUUCUCAGUUUUUCUGAUUGUAUUCUUUGACCUAUUGACUUAAAGAAAACAAAGUAAGGAUACUGUAGUUUGUUAGUCAUUUAAUGUUUCAUUUUUAGGUAUCUGAUUUAGUCUAUCACUGUGUUGUAACUAUAUAUUAACUUGAAUAAAAUUAUACUUUGUCUUGUGUUUUCUUAAUGAAAAAAAGACAGAAAGUGGAUACAGUUAAAAUAUAUUUUAUUUUUUAAAUGAUUGUGAAAUCACAUGUACUGUAUAAAUAAAAAUAUAUUAAAUUUCACUGAUUUUUCUGCAGGUGACCUGAUAUUCUAUUUUUCAGUUCAGAAGCUAAUAUGAGAAGUGCUUAGGUUUUUUUUUUAAGUUAAUUUUCUCAUGUCAUGCAUAUCAGACUAUUUCCAACCCAUUUACAUGUUCCAUUUCUUCUGGACUUAAAAAGCACUCAAUAAAAAUAGUUUUAUGUUGUUAUAAAAGUUACAUUAAAUGUUGUAUGACUGGUAUAAAGAAGCUAGGACAGUAAAUCAAAAGAUCUGGGCCUAAUGCCAUAACUAAUUAUUCAUAUGUCCUUGGGCAAAUAACUUAACCAUUUGUCUCAGCUACAAAAAAGGGAGAAAUAUGUGCCCAACCCAACUCACGGGGUUGCUGUGAGGAUCAAAUGAUAUUGGGUGUUAAUGAAAAUUAUUUGAAAAGCAUAAUGUAGCAAUUGUUGAGAUAAACACAGCCAUGAUUUUGGCAGCAGAAAGAACAUUUUCUAAUAAAUGCCAUAUAAUUAAAUAUUAGUCUAGGAGAAUGGAAGAGGGUGGGGAAGACAGUACUAAUUUUGAAUUUUUCAUAAAGCUACCUGUAGAACAGAGGUUCUUAACCUGAAGUCCAAGAACCCCCCUCCUCCCCCGGGGGUCUGUGAAUAGAUUUCAGAGGGUCCAUUAACUUGGGAGGGAGGAGAGAGAAUUCAUCUUUAUUCUUCCUAACCUCUCACUGAAAUUUAGCAUUUCCUUCAAUUUUGAAUGUAGGCAACAAACAUUUUUAGAAGGGAUCCAUAGAUGUUAUCAGACUGUCAUAACAGUCCCUGACACAAGAAGGGUUAAGAACCUCUGCUGCACAGCUGAAAUGUAGCCAGUGGUAACCACAAUGUUGUCAUGUGUGUACAGAAUACAGUUUUACUCUCAAAAACUUGUUUCUUCAGUUGAUGUGUCCCAUGAUAUACAUGGCAUAUGUAUAUAUACAUAUACAUAUACAUAUAUAUAUAUAAUGAAUACAUAUAAUUCUGCACAAAAUAAAAAAUACUUCUGCCAAAUAACAGAACAAUUCAUUUUUUACAAAAAGUAUGCUGGGAUUUUUAUGUCCAUUCAGAAAAGAGAAAUUAAAUGUGGCUUUUCUUCCCCAAAAGGUCUCACAUGCUGAUUUAUCUAAAACAGAAUGGUGAAUUGAUCCAUUUUUCAGAUCGUUAAAUCAUGAAUGUAAAUAUACUAAAAACAAUUUUUUCACAUG